UGCGCGCUCGCUCUUCAGCCUUUGCCCAGACAAGUCCUCUCUGUACGUUCAUACUGCAGGGGUGCAGACACACAAACACGCUCAUUACAUAAUACACACAGCGAGUUCAACAGUACGCUGUACAUAUAUCAUAACACUCGAAGACAGGUGCCUGAAAAGUUCCGCUUCAGCCGUAAAAUGUGUGGAAGAACUGCGUGUACUCUUGCCCCCGACGAGGUGAGCCGAGCCUGCUCCUACAGAAGCCGGGGAGGUCGGCGGAGACAGCCCCGCUGGAAGGAUGGAGACGCGGACAAAUACCGACCUUCCUACAACAAGAGCCCCCAGUCUAUGAGUCCCGUGCUGCUGUCCCAGAGACAUUUUGAUGAGAAUGCUCCUACAGAUGAGUGCGUGUUGGCUUCCAUGCGUUGGGGUCUUGUGCCUGCCUGGUUCAAGGAGAAGGACCCGAGGAAGAUGCAAUUCAGCACCAGCAACUGUCGCAGUGAGAAUAUACUGCAGAAGAAAUCUUACAAGGGCCCCCUGAUGAAAGGACAGCGAUGCGUCAUCUUGGCUGAUGGUUUUUAUGAGUGGAAGAGGCAAGAAAAGCACAAGCAGCCUUUCUUCAUAUACUUCCCUCAGACUCUGGGACCCAGUCAGGAGAAAGCAGGGGAUCAGGAUGACCAAAUGACCUCAGCUCGCAAUAAGGAGAAUGCAGAGGCAGUGUGCCUUCCAGAGGGGGCCUCCCCCAACUUGACAGAGGAAGGAGAAGCCCCAGGUGAGUGGACUGGAUGGAAAUUGCUGACUAUGGCUGGAGUUUUUGACUGCUGGACACCGCCAGAUGGAGGAGAACCCCUUUACACGUAUAGUGUCAUCACUGUGAAUGCUUCCCCUAGCCUGCAGAGCAUCCAUGAUAGGAUGCCAGCAAUCCUGGAUGGAGAGGAAGAAGUGAGAAGAUGGCUUGAUUUUGGAGAGGUGAAGCCUCUUGAUGCUUUGAAACUGCUCCAGUCUAAAGACAUUUUGACUUUUCAUCCUGUCUCUUCACUUGUAAACAACUCACGCAACAACUCUCCAGAGUGCCUUCAGCCAGUGGAUUCGAACAGCAAAAAGGAGCCCAAACCCACAGCCAACAGUAAGAUGAUGAUGAGCUGGCUGACGAGCAGCACACCUUCAAAGAGAAAGGAGCCCAGUGCAUGUGAGAGUAAAGAAGAGCAAGAGAGCAAGUCUACUGGAGCACUUCAGCAGUGGCUUCAGGGCACCAAAAAGAAACCAAGAACCAAAUAAAGAUAUGAACAAGGACUGAAACUCUGCAGUGUUUAAAAGACCGCCUCGGUCUUUUUUGUUCCACGUCAUUUGGACAGUUAUGAGAAAGAUUCACGUUUAGGGUUUCUCUUGAAUUAGGAACAUUUUUCUGGGAAUUAUAAAUAUGCACAGAUACUGUUUCAUGUCUAAAUGUUAUGAAUAAAUGUCAGAAAUAAACACAGAAUGAUUUAUUCAAGAUUUUUAUUACCCUUAUUACUUGAAACGCAAAGACAUUUUGAAACAA